UUUAGCUGAUUUAGCUGAGUGGAUUUUCAACAAUAGCUGGGGCUUACAAGUUGUAGUAUUGAACCACACGAAUAAAGAACGCCAGAAAACGUCUCUAACAUGAGCUGUCCUUUUGCUAAAACAAGUGUAGAUGACACAGUCGAAAGCACGGAGGAAGAAGAGCGAAUGAACUAUUCUGAUUAUCUCAAGCUUGAUGAUUUGCUAAGUUGUCAAGUACCACAGAGUGAAGUAAGAACAGGCAGACGAGCUCCAGAUGAACUUUUGUUUAUCGUUACACAUCAAGCAUACGAAUUAUGGUUUAAAGAAGUCCUUUUCGAGAUUGACUCCAUAAGGGAUAUCUUUCUCAGCAAGACGGAAGUGAAUGAGGAAAAAACGCUGCAUAUUAUCUCAUUACUCAAACGCAUUGUUGCAAUAUUCAAGCUUUUAAAAGACCAAUUUCAGUGUUUAGAAACAAUGACRCCAUUUGGAUUUAUGGAAUUCAGAGACUACAUCUCUCCUGCGUCAGGAUUCCAAAGUGCACAAUUCAGGCUUCUUGAAAACAAAUUAGGUGUUUCUAGAGGUCUCACCCGUAAAAUAUCCGUCUCAGAUGGCAAAAAUGCCAAUCUUAAAGUAACCGAUGCAAUCAAAAAAGGAAAAGAACGGGACGAAGUACAAGCAUCAGAGGGAAUUCUCUCACUACAGCAGGUCGUACAGCGAUGGCUAAGUCGCACGCCUGGCCUUGAAGAAGAUGGGUUUAACUUUUGGGGAAAGUUUAAAUCAAGGGUGAAUGCGUGGUUGAGAAACCUUAAAGAAGACGCCGAUGCACAAACAGACGAGGCGAUUCAAGCAGAAAUGAUGAGAAAUUACAAAUGUACAAUGGACACGUUUGAGUCUAUUUUUGACGAGGGAAGAUACAGUCAAUUACUAACGCGAGGAGAGCGACGGUUUUCUCACAAGGCAUUGCAAGGAGCGCUGAUGAUCUACUUUUACCGUGACGAACCUCGCUUUCAUCAGCCUUAUCAAAUCCUUCAGCUUCUCAUUGAUAUUGAUAAUCUCAUUACCAAGUGGAGAUACAACCAUUUAAUGCUGGUGCAACGAACCAUUGGAGCGAAGACUGGAACUGGUGGUUCUUCUGGUUACCAUUACCUUAGAACAACCAUCAGUGACCGAUAUAAGGUAUUCAUCGACCUUCUUCAGCUAUCCAACUACCUAGURCCACUUGAAUGCAUACCCCCCCUGACUAGAGGAAUGAAGACAGUGUUACGACAAGUCAACAAAUCGUACUCGGAGUCUGACAGCGCAGCGUGGAGCGGUACUAGUGACGAGGACGAGCCGAGGGAUGCAGCAAAGUGUCAAUAAAUAGUCGGAAACCCCCGAAAAAGAUGAAUAACUCUGAACUCGAUUUUCCCUUUACUUGCGUCAGUUUUUGAAAAAAUGUCAUUUUCUUAGGUUAAUUACUGAUUUACAAUCACUUCACCAUAAGUUAAUUUAACUUGGAUUAAGAAAUGUUCUAGUUUUCGAUCAGCGAUUUUUGUAUAUUGCUCAUUUAACCAAUAUUGUGUAAGUAAACAAGAGUAAAUUAAGUAUCCUUUCUCAUCAAUUGAAUUAUUAAAUGUU